CGACGAUGUCGCCUUCGCCGGCAAUUCUGUAAUCACCGUUAUCGUCCUCUUGGUGCGCUGCACGGUCACUGUUACAAAUGCAAUCAGCUCCGAUUUGACUCUCCUUUUCGCCAUUUUCCAUCACCUUCUCUUCUUCUUCUUCUUCUUCUUCUUCUUCUUCUUCUGAAUCAUGGCUACGCCGGAGCUCUCUGAGACCUAUGCCUGCAUGCCAUCCACCGAGCGAGGCCGAGGAAUUUUAAUCUCCGGCCACCCUAAAACCAACUCCGUUCUCUACACCAAUGGUCGAUCCGUCAUGAUCCUCAAUCUCGACAACCCUCUCGAGGUAUCUGUCUACGCCGAGCAUGGGUAUCCGGCUACGGUCGCCAGGUACUCGCCCAAUGGCGAGUGGAUCGCGUCUGCUGAUGUGUCCGGGACUGUGAGGAUUUGGGGCACUCAUAGUGGUUUCGUGCUCAAGAAGGAGUUUAAGGUUUUGUCCGGCCGGAUCGAUGAUUUGCAAUGGUCUCCCGAUGGAAUGAGAAUUGUGGCUUCUGGUGAAGGGAAGGGGAAAUCGUUCGUGCGUGCUUUUAUGUGGGAUUCGGGCACGAAUGUCGGUGAGUUUGAUGGUCACUCAAGGCGGGUUUUAAGCUGCGCAUUUAAGCCAACAAGACCCUUUCGCAUUGCCACAUGCGGAGAGGAUUUCCUAGUGAAUUUUUAUGAAGGACCACCAUUUAAAUUUAAGCUAUCUCUCAGGGACCAUUCAAAUUUUGUCAACUGCGUAAGGUUCUCUCCAGAUGGCAGCAAGUUUAUUACUGUGAGCUCUGACAAGAAGGGUUUAAUAUAUGAUGCUAAGACUGGGGAUAAGAUUGGUGAACUCUCUUCUGACGAUGGGCAUAAAGGCAGUAUUUAUGCUGUCAGCUGGAGUUCUGAUGGAAAACGGGUGCUGACUGUGUCUGCUGACAAAACAGCAAAAGUUUGGGAGAUAUCUGAUGAUGGUAACGGGAAGUUAGAGAAAACCUUGACUUGUCCUGGCUCAGGUGGAGUUGAUGAUAUGCAAGUCGGGUGUUUAUGGCAGAAUGAACAUCUUGUCACAAUUUCUCUUGGUGGAACUAUUAGUUUGUUUUCAGCCAGUGAUCUUGAUAAAUCCCCUGUCAUAUUAUCUGGACAUUUGAAGAAUGUUACUUCGUUAGUCGUUCUUAAAACUGACCCUAAAGUUAUAUUAUCUACUAGCUACGAUGGGUUGAUUAUUAAAUGGACCCAAGGUAUUGGAUACAGUGGCAAGUUGCAAAGAAGGGAAAAUUCUCAAAUCAAAUGUUUUGCUGCUCAUGAAGAUGAACUUGUUACGUCUGGUUUUGACAAUAAGGUAUGGAGAGUUUCUAUCAAGGAUGGUCAGUGUGGGGAGGCAGAGGCUGUUGAUGUUGGAAGUCAACCAAAGGACUUGACCCUUGCUGCUCUUUCUCCUGAACUUGCCUUGGUUGCAACUGAUUCUGGAGUUGUCCUGCUGCGUGGCUCAACAGUAGUGUCAACCAUAAACCUUGGAUUUACGGUGACAGCGUCUGUACUUGCACCAGAUGGAAGUGAGGYUAUUAUAGGUGGGCAAGAUGGUAAGUUACAUAUUUAUUCCAUCGCAGGCGACUCCCUUACUGAAGAAGCAACCCUUGAGAAACACAGAGGAGCUGUUAGUGUGAUACGAUACUCCCCUGAUCUUUCAAUGUUUGCAUCGGGAGAUCUCAACCGAGAAGCUGUUGUCUGGGAUCGUGCAUCUCGAGAGGUGAAACUUAAGAAUAUGUUGUACCAUACUGCUCGUAUAAAUUGCCUCGCUUGGUCUCCUGAUAACACCAAGGUUGCGACUGGUUCAUUAGAUACAUGUGUCAUCAUUUACGAAAUUGACAAGCCAGCAUCCAGUCGUCUAACAGCAAAGGGAGCUCAUUUGGGUGGGGUGUACGGACUGGCAUUCACGGAUGACCAUAGCGUGGUGAGCUCCGGUGAAGAUGCUUGUGUUCGUGUCUGGAAGUUGGUUCCUCAGUGAUGUCUACUGGAUAAAAGGGAGGAUAUUAAUGUCAGAAAUAAGACUUUCAGGUGAAUAUUUUGAAUCGUUGGGUUUUGUUUUUUGUGAGCUUAAAUUUCAUUUAGUGAACUAGAAUGUUGGAUUUUAAGAGCCUGCUUCUCUUUUUUGGUCAUCGAGGCACCUUGUUUUUGAUAGAAUGGUGAUGCUUUGAGCUUCGUUGCAGCUUGGAAUUGGUCUUGCUUUCUCGUUGUUGGUGUUCAAAGUUGAUUUUUUGUACAGUUCAAUGAUGAUUAUGAGGUUUGAUAGAUAAAUUAUUGCGAAAGGUCUCACUGUCUUCCUGCAGAAUUGGGUGAGCCACAGUAGCUGAUGAUUGAUGCAUCUUUUCGGUUUUGAGUUUAAAAGUUCAGAUUUUUCAUGGACCAACUUAUGUAUAAUUUUUUAUUCCAUUAUCUUCUUAUCACUGUUCAUGAAAUCAAUCUUUGUUGCGUAAGUGCGUGGUUGUUUAUUUUAAAUGCCAAGUGUCGAAGUGUAUAAAUCCAAAUGAAAGCUGUAUCAACUUAAAUAUUAUAUUUGGUAAUAAUUAUAACGAACAUUCUUGUA